AUGCCUUCCGCCUUCCGUGGACUAUCGCGGCUGAGAUUCCUGGAUCUUAGUUACAACCAAAUACAAAAUAUAGAAGAGAAGACAUUCGAUGGUCUUGGAAACCUUACGCAGUUAAACCUGGCAGCCAACAGGAUAGCAGUGAUUGGGAACGCCUUUCGCCAUCUGUACGGGUUGAAGGAGUUGAUUCUGAGCACUGAACUGUGCGGAAGACGUUUGAUAGACGGGCUGACGCAGAAACAACAAUCCGACGAGAGAAAGGAUCCAUCAGAACGAAAGUUCUUUGACAGAGUCUGUAGUCAUGGAUUCCGGCCCAACCGCCUCCUGGCUUGUGUGCUCGCCUCUUCCGGCAUCUUCGUCGCCAUGAUGACCAUUUUCCUGGUCAACUACCACAUCGGCCGUGUUCAGUACUACCUGUGGAUGUUGGCCAAGUGGAGGAGACCGAAGAUUGGCGAAGUAGAGAACCAAGAGCCGCCCAGAUACACGCACGAUGCUUUUAUUGCCUACAACAACCAGGACGUCAUGUGGGUUGUACAUGAAGCAAUAGAGAAUCUGGAACCUGACUACAGCCUGGUCAUACACGAAAGGGAUUUUGCAGUCGGUGCCCCCAUUGUGGAAAACAUCGCGGAUGCUGUGGAAAACAGCCGGAGAACCGUCUGCCUCAUCACAAGGAACUUCCUGAAGGGUAAGUGGUGCGAGUACGAGUUCCAGAUGGCCCAGUACAACAUGUUUGAGGAGGGGGGAGGGAGGCGUCACAUCCUGGUGUUUCUGGAGAGGAUUCCUCACAGGAUGCUGAAACGGUUCCGCCAUCUGAACGCCGUAAUGAAGAGGGACACGUACCUGACGUGGCCGGACGACCUGCGGACGUACCUGACGUGGCCGGACGAGGCUGCGAGACGCUCUGGGUGA